AUUACUAAAACUUACGCUAUCAAUGCAAGCCGCCAUGCUGCAUUUUUACAUCUAUAUAUAGAGGUGGCUGCACACACUUUAAUUGCAUCCCCAACUCUAAAUUUCAAUCACACUUUUCUGCUGUUCUAUAGCUAGCUUCAAUGGAGUUUCGUUUCCUUCCUAUCUUCGCUUUAUCGCUAGUCCUUGCACUUGCAGUAAGCCAUGCUGCUCUACCUGCAGAGAUGUACUGGAGGUCUGUGUUCCCAAACACUGCAAUGCCAAAAGCCUUGCGAAAUCUUUUACAGCCGGCUGCUGUAAACAAGAACAUGUUGACUGACAUGGCUAAAAGCAAGGAUAAAAUGGUCGACGCCUUCGGAAAUUAUGGCUAUUCAAAUCCAAGCAAGGAAUUUCCAGAUGGAAACACCCCAACCAACAAUGAUGUCUACUUUUUUGAGAGCGAGCUGCAUCCUGGCAGGAAGAUGAAGUUAAAGGAGCUAGCCAAAAAAGUGAGCAAAGCAACAUUUGUACCUCGUCCAGUUGCAGAGUCAAUCCCCUUUUCCAUCCAAAAGUUUCCAGAAAUCUUGAAAUAUUUUUCACUGGAAGCAAAAUCAGCAGAAGCCAACUUACUCAAACAAACAGUUGAGAAUUGUGAAAGACCAGCAAUUGAUGGAGAAGAAAAAUAUUGUGCUGCAUCUUUGGAGUCCUUCAUCGAUUCGGGUGUUUCCAAGUUUGGAAAAAACAUCCAGCUUCUGUCAAAUGAGCUGGAAAAAGAAACAGGGAACCAAGAGUUUACUAUUGGUCAGGGAGUGAAAAUGAUGGGGGAAUCAGAGAUAGUUUGCCAUAAGAUGAAAUAUGCAUAUGCUGUGUUUUUAUGCCAUUCAAUUGAUGAAACAGCUGUUUAUACGGUUCCAUUAGUUGGGGCCGAUGGAACAAGAGCUAGAGCAUUGGCUGUUUGCCACAAAGAUACAUCAGCUUGGAACCCCAAGCACCUGGCUUUCCACAUUCUUAAAGUUAAGCCAGGAACUGUCCCCAUUUGCCAUUUCCUAGCCAGAGAAACCCUUGUCUGGGUUCCCAACUAAAAUUGCUAGGACAUCUGCAAAAAAAAUCUCUUAUAUUGCUGUAUAAUUAGUGGAGAGUGUUAAUGUUUGAUGUUAAAUAAGUUGAACUCUCGCCUAGUAUUCAGUAUUCUGCAUUUCUAUACCUCAACCACUUUUCGAUUUGGUGGGUAGGCCUCUCAUCAUGUGGUUAAGCCUGGUUCAGCCCAAGCUACUCCUACUUCUCAUCUCCAUCCUCCAAAUUUCCCCAUGACCAAAAACAGAAAAGAGAUGAGACUAUUAAUUCUUGCGAUGCUUUCUUAUUUGCCCAUAUGUUCCUGAAUGUUUUAAUGAAGUUAUUGAUAUUUUGUCUGCUAUUA